GAUGCUUCAUUAUAUUCCACUACCACCGAGAUCGAUUCUCUUUCUUCUUCUCUCCGCGCGCGUUAAGUAUGGAACCGCGCGCGCGCCGGAUCGGAUGCUCGCUCGAUCACUCACACUCCAGCUAGCUAGCAUCAUGUCGUCGUGGCUGCACUCCUCCGACCAGCGGCGAUCCUGGAAGCGCAGCUGGGCGGCGCGCGCCCUGUCGUCGUGCUCGCUGCCGCCGCUCGGCCUGCUAGCCUUCUUCGCCAUCGUCGUCUUCUUCCUCGCCGUCUCCGGGUACGUGGACUACAAGGCCAUCGAGCGCCGCGCCGAGAUCGGCGCCCGCGUCUUCGCCGUGCCGCUCGCCCUCGCCGCCGCCUUCCUCCUCUUCGCCGGGCUCAGCUGGCGCCGCAGGUACUGGACCACCAGGAGGAUGAGGCAAAGGGCGGCGAACCAAUACACAUGGUCGUCGCACGACGCGUCGUCCUCGUCGGCGGCGCCGUGGGGCGUGGCGGUGGCGGUGGCCAUACUGCUGCUCAUGAUGACGUUCCAGGAGUCCGUUCACUCCAUGUGGUUCAGGCCGCUCUGGGACUCCGACUACUACGACCCCUAAUUAAGCUCUACGAAUUGAAUCCACCACAAAUCCAGUACUCCUCCUCUAGUCUAGUUAUUAAUUACCUUCCUCUUCUUCCACUCAGUUGCAUGCGCGUGUAUGUAUGUUAAUUUGAUGUAUUGCCUGACUGCAACGUACGUAUAAUACAUACUACAGUAGUAUAUAUGCAUAUAUACGUACUACCAUAUGUUUAUAUAUAACUCUUGUGUUUCUGUAUAAUAAUCAUGCUUUUUUUUUACCUUGAUCAUGUGCGUAGCCAAAGUCAUAAGUCAUCAGAGAGCUUAAUAAUACUUCUGCUUUUGUUCCUGAAGAACGGCCACAAGUGACCGGUUCACAAAUCAAGCACAUGCCAAUCAACAUUAAUUUGUGCCUGCUUAGCAAGCAGACUCCUUUUAGACAUCUCAUUGAGCACCUCAAGGGACACGUAAUGGCAAGGACAGAGGAAACAACAGAAGGUGAAAGCAGGGAAGAGACGAUCACAAAGCAGGCCGUCGGAGGUCAAGAGGAAAACCAACCCACCAACACUCACGGAGCCACCGGAGACAAGAGGAAGAUCAACCCACAAACAUGCAUGACAGGUGGCGGUGCCGAUCAACGCACCCGAGAUAGGACGCCGGUAACAAAGCACAUGAAUGGACAGGGCGGCAGUGGAUAUACAUAGGCGAUGGGCGGAUGGCAGUGUGGAUAGCUAUGGGCGUGUGAGUAGGCGGUGUAACACAGGAACGAUGGCGGCGCACUCUCAAGCAUGAAGGAGAACAUGAGAUUUUUAGGCCAUACACAACUUUCUUUAAUGAAUUGACUCUGCUUCUUUGGAAGUAACCACGAGCAAUGACAGGAUGCAUGAUUUUUCUAUCA